AUGUGCUACUUUGAGACCAACUACUUCAGCGGAUGCGGCUGCGUCAAGCCCGCGGCUAACGCGGCUCUCCAGCAUUGCCCCAUCGCACAGGUCUACGGCAGAGUAUGUCCCGACUUCCAGUGCGGUCCCAAACCCGAAGAGCAGGCUACGGAGCGAUUUGGCCUUGUUUGCCUCGAAUGUGUCGAGGGAAAAAGUGGCAAGAAGUCGAAGAAGAGCAGCAGGAAGUAG